GGCAACGUCUUUAGAAGCUGACGACUCAACUGUCGAUGUGGCAUCUGUUAGAGCUACUUCUGUUUGAGCCACCUCUAUUAUGGAAACUUCUAUUGGGGUGACUUAUGCUGGUGUGACGCGUCUUAAGGGCGACACCCAUUGGGCGUGGCCUUGAGGACAUCUACUGAGAACGCCAGCAAAUCAGCAUUGUGAUGUGUGCAUCCUUGAGGUCCUGUUACCCAGGUGUCUAGGGCCUUGGCUCAGUCUUGUUCAGGACAUUGGAGGAGACGGUCACAGAAAGGGAGACCUGAAGACAGUUUGCUACCCCAGGCCGCAGCCCUUAGGGGCUGCUGGGUAGCUAUGGACUUGUACCUAAGCAACUGUUUAAAGGCUGCUGAAGCUGCUGCCUCUAAAGCGGCUUCCGGCAACCUAACAAACAACAAAGACACAUGUAGUUCUAAAAAACAGAAACCUAUCAUUCCAAAGAUUGGACCAGCUAGUCUAUUAGAUUUGCCUCUUGGGGCCAAACUGCCUAUUAUCCCAGGAAGUACUAAUAUAUUCUACACAACAAAUAUAAGUGAAAAGCUUUACCAGCCUUCUUUCGAUUUUAACCUUAAUGACCCAUAUUGUAAACUCAUGGAAACCACCUACAAAAGUCUUCAUGAUCCACACUUAAAAUCAUACUUCAAACGAAAAGACAUUCUCAAGAAACUAAGAAAGGGAGGAUACAUCACCGGCAAUAAUAAAGUUGUAUGUUCAUUAAAAGAGCUCAACAAAUACAGACAAUAUCUUACCACUUUAAAAAUUGACUUUGAACGAAAUUAUAUAAGAGAACAAAAAAUAAUAGAAAAUCAAGUAAACAAACUGAACGAAGAGAGACGGGCCUGUGACAACGCUGCUGCUGCUGAGUUUCAGCAGUGGUUGUUACAAGAAGGGAAAAAAGCCAGCCCUCAUCACAACCACUUAAUUAAACUCAGACAUUUAAAUAUGAUUAAUAAAGAACUAGACAAAAUUGAGGACACCUUGGAAAGACGAAGUACAGUACAGAUGAAGGAAGAAGACAGACAACAUUGGGAUGAGGUUAGAAAAAAACUGAGUCUACGUCAACAAAUUGAAGAGGAAUGGCAAUUCAAGGAGAUGUCACUUCUGACAAAGAUCGGAGAUGAAGUAAGGAGAGAAACAAAGGUUGAAGAACAUCACCGGAAAAUCAGAGAGGAAAUUAACCGAAAGAAACAAGCAAUGCUUCAGAAAAGAAUUGCCUACCAUUUACAAAGACUUCAAAGGAAAGAUAGUAUAGAAGAAAAGCAGGAAGCAAGUGUCCCUGAAACUAGAAGACAAACUGAAACAGCUUCUUCAACAACUCAAAAGCAGCCAAGUCUCACAGAGGAGAAGAAAUAUGAAGAACAUCUGGAACAAAAACCAUCUACAUCAAGUAUACUGACAAGCACCUCUGAGAGACUGAUGCAAGAAUUGAGGGAAUCAAAAUCUUCAUCACAAAUGACAAGAAUCAGUUUUGAUGAGGACAGAUCUUCAAUUUACGAACUAUUGGAAACAAGAUUUUCUCCAGCAGAUACAAGGAGAUCGAGUUUGCCUGAGGAUCAUACAUAUCAAGAAGAUUUGGAACCUAAAUAUUAUCACCAUCCCAGUGGGAAGAAAACAAGUUUCGCUGAGGAGGCAUUGUUUUAUGAACAUAAUGAACAAAGAUACGGUCCAUCAACCAGCAAAAGAACGAGUUUUGUUAAUGAGAAAUUCAUAGAAGAACUUCUAGAAGCAAAAUAUCUUUAUCAAAAUACUAAAAGAACAAGUUUCACCGACCAGAAACUGAUGGACGACAAUCUAGAACCAAUUUUGGUGACUUCAUCAAAUGAAAGAACAAGUGUUUCAGACCACAGAUUGGUUUAUGACCAUAUCAAACCAAAAUCAGCAUCGCCAAGUAUAAAGAAAACAAGUUUUGCUGAGGAGAAAUCAUUUCAACAACUUAUGGAAGCAAUAACACCUCCACAGUACAUAAAGAAAACAAGUUUCGCUGACCAGAAAUCAUCUCAAGAAUCUCUGGAAUCCAAACGAUCAAGCCAUCAUUCUCAAAAUAGUAUCAAGGUUUUUGUUAAGACAAGUUUAUCACCUCAACAGAGGGAUAUACAAAAUACAGAACUUAAGUAUGAUAAAGGAACAACACAUCAUUCAUAUAACAGAGGCAUCAAAAGAAUCCCAAAUCCUGCUCCAUCUCACUCUCUGCAAUCAACAGUACUUUCCAGACAAUCACAUGAUAUUCCAACACAAGCGAUAGAUCCUUCUUUACAACAAAACACACAUAAACAGAGCAAGUGAUUUACGGAAUGAUGGCCAAGAUUAAUGUAAAAAUUUCAUUGAUUAAAUGACAAUUUUAAAAACCUCGA